AUGUUCGCGCCCAUGCUCACGCUCGUCCUCCUUGUCGGCGUCGACGCCGCCCCAACUCACACGCACACACACGCCAAACGCGAGUUCAAGUUCGAGGGGUGGGUCAAGUGGGUCAUUAUUGCUGCGAUUGUGAUCGUUGUUCUCAUCGUCAUUGGGUUCAUCGUUCGUUUCACAUGCAACAUCAUCGGGUGUGGGGUCCGCGGAACAGGCGGAAAGCCCGUGCAAGCGUUCCAAGCCGCUGUUCAUCCGCCCGCCAGACCUGCGCCGGCAUACUACGCAGGAGGAUAUGGUGGAGGAGGAGGACCGAGCCAGGCGGAGGUGCAUCAUAUGCAGCAGGCCGAGUGGGAUCGGCAGCAGCAGCAGAAUAACCAGUGGUUUGAUCAGAAUUACAGAUAG